AUCUCUGAGCAGAGGAGAGGGGAGGGGAGGGGAGGGGAGGGGAUGACAAAGAGGGAGGAAGAGAUCCCCGCGACGCGACGCCAAUUCUCCAAAGUUAUUAGUUAGCCAAUUCAAUUCAACUGUAGCAGCAGCAGCAGCAAGAGGAGGAAUUCAACUAUAGCAGCAUCCAAUCUUUCAAGUCGGCAUUGGAUCGCCGCGUGAUGCUGCAGCGGCGCAAGUCGUCGGGCGCUGCGGCGCCGGCUGCGGCCAAGCAGGCGCCCGCGCGCAGGCCUAGCGCGCCGCUGUCGCUGGCGGGCCUCCUCGUCUCCCUCUUCCUCGUCGCCACCUUCCUCUACAACGAGGAUGUCGUCAAGACCACCUCCACCGCCACGGAGCUGCCGCGCCACCGAGCUGCCUCUCCGGACCUCCGGGUCCUCCAGGAGGCCGCGCACCACAAGGUCAACACCCGGCACCGCCGCCACCACGAGGAGGAGGGGGGCAAGCAGCAGGGGAAGAAGAACAAGGAACCCCACGUCACCGAGAAUCCGGGCCUCACGGCGGGCGGCAACAGCAGCAUCCGUCAGCGUCAGGUGGUGCGCUUGCCGGAGGGCUGCGACGUGUACAAGGGGUGGUGGACCUACGACGCGGCGGGGGAGCAGGCGCCGCUGUACCGGGAGUCGGAGUGCGAGUUCCUGACGGAGCAGGUGACGUGCAUGCGCAACGGGCGCCGCGACGACUCGUACCAGCGGUGGCGGUGGCAGCCCGGCGGAUGCGACCUCCCCAGGUUCGAUGCGUCGGUGCUGCUGGAGCGGCUUCGGAACAAGCGGCUCAUGUUCGUUGGGGACUCGCUGAACCGCAACCAGUGGGAGUCCAUGGUGUGCCUGGUGCAGUCCGUGAUCCCCCGGGGCCAAAAGACGCUCCUCAAGUUCGUCAACAACGGAUCCCUCAACGUGUUCACGGCGCACGAGUACAACGCGACGGUGGAGUUCUACUGGGCGCCAUUCCUGGUGCAGUCCAACUCGGACGACCCACAGGUGCACAGCGUCCCGGACCGCGUCAUCGCCUGGCGCGCCAUCGCCAAGCACGCCAAGCACUGGAAGGGCGUCCACUACCUCGUCUUCAACACCUACAUCUGGUGGCUCAACACCUUGGAGAUCAAAGUGCAGAAAGGUUUUGGUCGCAGUCGGAGGGCUCAUGAUCAGCAGCAGCAGCAGCAGCAGCUGGGGUGGAGCAAGUACGCGCUGGUGGACCGUCCGAUCGCGUACCGGGAGGUGCUCAAGACGUGGGCAAAGUGGGUGGACAGGCACAUCGACCCCGCCAAAACCUCCGUCUUUUUCAUGGGCAUGUCGCCCAACCACAUCAUGCCGUGGGCGUGGGGCAACGAUGGCGGCAUCAAGUGCGCCAUGGAGACGCAGCCCAUCGUGAACCGGAGCACGCCGCUGGACAUCGGCACCGACUGGCGCCUGCACGGCGUCGCGCGCGGGGUGCUGGCGCGCUACCUCCGCCGCGUCCCCGUGCAGUUCGUCGACAUCACCGCGCUGUCGGAGCUGCGCAAGGACGCGCACACCUCCGUGCACACGCUGCGGCAGGGGAAGCUGCUCACCCCCGACCAGCAGGCCGACCCCAAGACGUACGCCGACUGCAUCCACUGGUGCCUCCCGGGCCUCCCCGACACAUGGAACCACUUCCUCUACGCCCACAUCGUCUCCUCCCCCUCGGAUCACAUCAUGUAGCUUCACUUUUUCAUUUUCACCCUCUUCUCUUUCAGUAAAGUAAAAGAAGCACCUCUUCUCUUCCUGUAAUUUGUGAGUAGAGUAAUUCUUUUGUUCGAUAAAGAGAAGGAUUAGAGAGAAAUCAAACAACUAGUUUUCUCGG